UCCUUCCCCUUCACCAAAGAAAAACAUCACUCAAAACACAAGGCGCUUCUUUUCUGUCUUGGCUGUUUUGCAUAAUUGUCAUUUCGUGCAAAAUGCAAUCUUUGUCUAACUGACCAACUCACCCAUUUAUCCAACCCAUUUCGUUUGCUUAAUGGUUUUUUCUUCUCCAACUCUAUGGGGGCUCAGAAGAGCAUCCAUGCAGGCAAAGCCAAGAUUGAUGUUAAUGUCGAUUUCACCCACAAGCUUUGUGCUUCUAUGAUGCUUCCUUCUUUGAGGAACCCUGGCAGUCCUCUUUCCCAAGUAAUCGGCAGUCUUUGCAUCAAACACCCAAAUUUAUUUGGUGGGAGUGAGAAGCUUGAUGUAUCGUGGGAUAAGGGGUUAUAUGAUUCGAAUAUCUUGGUAGCUUAUCGGAGGCCUCGACCUCAAUGGGUUGCUCAACAAUGUUUCGUCAUGCAGCACUCACUUUCACCUGAGAUUGGAGUCCAUGGUAUACCUGUGGACAAUUUCUCUCGUUCAGGGAGUGGAGGUGUGAAUUUGUCUCGAUUAUCAGUUGGAUUGGAUCUAAACGAACCCGCAAGUUCCAAAUGGAGCAGCACAACUAGUAUCAAAUUUGAGAAUGUUCGCCUGUUGAAUGAUGACGGACGCUCCAUUACCAGGGACCUUGAUGGAUUUCCUGUCACUUGCAGUGGCAAUGCCCAUGACAGUAUGGUAGUCUUGAAGCAAGAAUCACAAUAUGCAAAGGCAAAUGAUCGCAGUUUUUCUCGUUUUACUAUGCAAAUAGAACAAGGGAUUCCAGUUCUAUCCAAGUGGUUAAUCUUCAACCGUUUCAAAUGUGUUGCAACGAAGGGCAUCAAACUUGGACCAGCCUUUCUCUUGACAAGCCUGACAGGUGGUUCAAUUGUAGGAGAUAUGGCUCCUUAUCAAGCUUUUGCAAUUGGUGGUCUUGGUAGUGUGCGAGGGUAUGGUGAAGGUGCUGUUGGAUCUGGAAGAUCAUGUUUGGUUGCUAAUAGUGAACUGACAUUUCCUUUGAGCAAGAUGUUGGAAGGCUCUCUUUUCCUGGACUGUGGAACUGAUUUGGGCUCUGGUCGGCUUGUACCUGGAAAUCCAGCAUUGAGACAGGGCAAACCAGGAUCUGGAGUUGGACUUGGAUAUGGUCUUCGCUUCAAGUCUCCAAUUGGUCAUUUCCAGGUUGAUUAUGCCAUCAAUGCCUUUCAUCAGAAGACACUAUACUUUGGCAUCACAAACCUUGCUUCUUGAAUGGCUUAAGCAUGCUCGCCGCCAAAUUCUUGAUCUUCCCAUUUCAUUGUUAUGGAAAAAGAUCAAUUUAAGGGAGAAAAUGGGGGAAAGAAUGGGAAAGGGUUGGGUGAGGGACUGAGGGUGGUAUUGGGUGGCCUCUGACGUCUAAAGGGUUGUGGGUGGCGCAGAGUCCGGCAUAUUGAUUGUCUUCAAUCAGCAAUGAGAUUGCCAUUUCAUGAAUAUACUUGGAGCUGCAUGUAACCAAGGUUUUUCCCCUUUCCCAUUUGCAAGCAUUGUACUUGCAAAAUUAUAGAGUAGAGACAUGUCUUGCAAUUUCUUUAGGAGCAAUUAAUAAUGUCAUUCAUUCUUAAAGUAGAGGGUUUAGAUGGUGGAAACAAGGGGAGCAGAGGCUUCAGACGUUGAAAAUUUUUCGGUACAAAUACUUAUUCUAGUAGAGGUUGGUCAAUUUUCAGACCAAGAAAAAGAAGCUGGUUUCAACACAACAAGCUUGCUCUCUUGUUGACAUU